CCCUCUCUCGCUUAUUCUUGCUUAACUGGAAGUUUUAUAGUUGGAGGCGGCUCCGGGCGGCGCGGAGCAUCACGGGCCGUGGCGGGAGCCGCGGACCCUUCGGGCGGAGGCUAUGGACGGACAAGAGGAGGAGCAGAAAGAGGAGGAGGAAAAGGCUGAGAAGAUUGCCUCAUGGUUGAAAAAGAUUUUUGGUGAUCAGCCCAUUCCCAAAUAUGAGGUGAAUCCACGGACCACAGAUAUCUUGUAUCACCUUUCAGAAUGCAACACAGCACGAGACAGGGAUGUCUCCUUGGUAGUAGAAGACUUGAAACAGAAGGCAAGAGAAUACGAAUCAGAAGCCAAGUAUCUCCAAGAUCUUCUCAUGGAAAGUGUCAAUCUGUCUUUCACCAGUCUCUCUAGUAUUGGAAGCAGCUAUCUUAAUGCUUUAGUUGACAGUGCACUGGUGCUUGAAACAAAGGAUACCUCCCUAGCUAGUUUUAUCCCUGCAGUGAAUAGUUUGGCUGCUGAUCUUUUUCGCACCAAAGCCAGAAAUGAAGAAAUGGAGGUUGAAUUGAGCAAACUGGGAAAAAAUCUAACUGCAACUCUAAUACUAGAAAAAUGUCUACGAGAGGACCUCAAGAAAGCAGAGCUGCAUCUUUCCAUGGAAAAAGCCAAAGUUGACAGUAAAAUUUCGAAUAUAGAUUUCCUAAAAGCCAAAUCUGAUGACCUCAGGUUAAGAAUCAAAGCUGCAGAGGAGCAGCUUUCAGCUCGAGGAAUGGAUGCUUCUCUGUCACAUCAGUCAUUAAUGGCACUUUCAGAGAGGUGCAAGACUAUGGAAACAUUGUAUUUACUGUCAGACUCCAUGGAAAUGUUGAAACUUGCUGAACUUAAACAACAGACUGCACCUUUGAAAAAGAAAUUGGAAUCCUAUUUAGACUUAAUGCCGAAUCCUUCUCUUGCUCAAGUGAAAAUCGAAGAAGCAAAGCGAGAACUGAAUUCUGUGGAUGCUGAGCUCACAAAGAAGGUGGACAUGAUGGAAUUGUUACCAGAUCAAAGUAAGCGGCGAUUUACCUAAUAAGUAAAGUGACUGGAAAAAGACUAAAA